AUUUCGUUUUGAAAAAAUCAGCAAUUUUAUAUAUUUUCUGUCAUUAAUAGGCCAGACGCUAUACAAUAGAUGACAAAAUGUUUUGUAUAGGCAUUUCCCAUAGAUCACGCUCAUCAUACAAAUUCAUUUGCAAAUAUAUUCCAUGUCCUUCCCUCAAUACUUUGAACAAAGAACUACAAAGUAUUCCUUUAGAUACUGGGUGCAAUAAAAUUAUGUACCAAUAUUUACAUUUAGCCGCAAGAGAAAUUGAUCCAAAAGAUUUAAACGUAAUUAUAAUUUGGGAUGAAAUGUCAUUACAACCAGCCAUUUUUUACAAUAAAAAAAGCAACAAAAUAAUCAGGUUUGAAGAUUGGGGGAUGAGGAGAACCAGAAAAUUUGCAGACCAUGCAAUUCUAUUUUACAUGAGAUGUCUUGCAUCUGGCAAUCGUAUGCCUCUUGGCUAUGGAUUCUGUAAUAGUACAACUUGCACCAUUCAGCUUGUUAGAUGCAUAAAGCAAUGGAUAAGUUUUGUCAUAAAAUGUGGGUUCAGACCAGUAGCAAAUGUGUGUGAUCAAGGAGGACCUGACACAGCAGCAAUUAAUAUGUUGAUCAAAGAGAGCAACGAUGUACGACAUAAACAGCAUCAAAAUUCCAAAAAUACAUUUCUUGUGGAAAAUAAAGAAAUUAUCCCCCUUUAUGAUUAUGUACACUUACAAAAAGGAAUACUUUGCAUCAUGGGAUGA